AUGGAUUUAGGAAAACUGGGGGAAUGUGUUGUAUUACUGCUCAUUUUUCUGUACCAACAGCAUCAUCUUACUUAUGGAUUGAGCAGUAAUGUUUCAAUUCACAAAAAUCUAAAAGGAAUAAAAUAUAAAUGGAGUUCUCUCUUAGAUAUUUUCAUAGAACAGACCAAAAGGACAUGGAAGAAUGCUUCUCGGUAUUGUACCCUGUAUGGCUCCGACAAGGCUCCCAAUUAUAUAGACAGCUUCCAAGAUAUUCCACAUCCAGUAAAUAUGGAUGACAGUCUUCACUGGGUAGGAGCCACGGCCACCUAUACUCCGUGGUUAAAGUUCUUGGGAUGCUACGUUUAUUCAUCGGAAUAUUUUGGUUCUUUGUUCAAAAGCCGCUCUUCUGUCAUUGGUCCGGUAGCUGAUUGUUACUUACAGUGUAAGAGCAAAUUUGGAGUCAGUAAUACGCGUUGCUUCUGUUCCUGGAAGUUGAAAGAUAGGCAACUAAAUGAAACAUGUGAACUAACGACGUAUACUAUCGAUUACACUGACGUCAUGAAACGCAGUGCGCAGGGAUAUUUUGACAUAAAUUAUCCCCUUGCGAUGUACGAUAUUGUUGACGGCACCCUCAAAAUAAAAGACAAUUCUGACGGAUGUCUGAUGAACACUAGUACUGGGUACAGCUCCCACCCAUGUUACUCAACAGACAGUUCCAUGCGCACAUGGACCGAGGCCAUCAUUGGGGGGUUGACAUCGAAUAACGGGUCUUUACAGUGCACCCCCUUUGUACGCCGGCGAAUUAUCAGGUGGGCUGAAGAAACUGACUCUAAUCGGAAAGAAACUGCAUGUGUCAGUGUGAGGGAAACAAUGAAUAAGAAGAAAUAUGACAUUGUUUUAAGACCAUGUGAUGACAGACUCUCCGCCAUUUGUCGAAAAACAUAUGGUAUCUCCUCCUUGGAAUUUCCGUUUGGCAUAUUAUUUCCUAUUCUUAUACUAGGAUUAGUAGUAUUUACAAUUGCAGCACUAUUUAAACGAGGACGUCACCGUGUUUAUAUGCAAACACAAAGAUAUGCUGAACAUGUGCAACAUCCUAGAAUGUUUUCACCUUGGAAUAUUCAUAUGAUCGAAUUAACGAGGCGUCAACCCAGCAGACAUCAAGACAUCAUGGACCUGACCAGGUAUAAUGAGGAUCAAACAGUGGCACCAAGCAGCAGUUACUGGUCUACGACAAACCAAUAUCCUUUUUCUGAGCCAGUACAGACGGUUGUAUCGCAGAAAGUUUAUUUCAGCGACCUGACUAGAAACAACGAGGGUCAUACCGCGCAUCAAAGCUUAAUGUCUACGAGCGAGCGGUAUGAAAUAGCAUCGGGCUCGACGAUUCAAUCACCUUUCGGACACAAUGAGAGCAAGCGGACACUUCUGAAGAGUGACAGUGGUGAAGACGAAACCCCACGAAGCAAACAAAUAAAGAAUAAGAAAAACCCUGACGGACUUAUGUGAAGCAACUUGAUAAUGAUACCGUUUCUUAGUUACUGAGAUAACGGCAAUGGUUUCUAAUGAACACUGGCUUUCAUGAAUUCCAUAGUUGAUUUGAUAUAGAAAUUUUGAUCCAACACAGAUUUGCAAUAACUUAAUGUUUAAAUAAGAUCUUUGUCGACAAAUGAGCAUAUCGUUUAAAGUUACUUCUUAUUUUUACGUUUAUUAAACCGUGCAAAUCGAUGACACAAAUAUUUAUGUGUGUAUGAUGGUUUGUCUGAUUUAUGUGAAAUUGUUCUUUUGUGUUAUCCCUAACCAUGUUAUUUUUGUAAUAGA